AAACUCUCUGGCCAGCCUCCCACUGAUGGCCCUGCAUGAGUUUCCUCCCUCCCACCCCAGGCUGUGUCCCGCAGUGCUUGGAGCUCUUGCUCCCCUCCUGACCCGUAUCCCAGCUCCCGCAGCAGCCCAGCUGGAUCCCUCCCUGGGAUGAUCCGAGGCUUUUCUGCUACUCACCUGGCCCCCUUUGUGCCUGCCACAGGCUACCUGCAGGCCUGCCGCGCUCUGAUGAUCACAGCCCUGCUGCUCGGUGCCAUGGCCAUCCUGUGCAGCGUGGUGGGCAUGAGGUGCACCAAAGUGGCAGACGGGAACCCCACAGCCAAGGGCAAGAUGGCAGCCGCUGGGGGCUGCAUGUUCAUCCUGGCAGGCUGCAGGUAUGAGAUCGGCCCAGCGCUGUACCUGGGCUGGAGCGGGGCCCUGCUGGCCAUCGUGGGGGGCGGCUGCCUGUUGGGCUUCUGCUGCAAAGGCUCCUCGCAGGACAAGAGGUAA